UCCAACGACAGCGCCAUCUAUGGAUUAAAACCUGCACUCCGCAUGUAAACACGUGUGUGUGUCUUUGAUGAGGUUAUGAAUAAAUAAUGAAUGAUCCUCUAGCCCUAAGAAGAAAACACAGAAUAAAAGACUCAAAACAAAAUUACUAAUUAAAUAGAAAAACAGAAGUAUGACCAAGCUACGUAAACAGCGUCGAAAGAAAGUUUUUAGGCACAACGUCAACAGAAAAAGGGUCCGAAACAAGAUUUUCAAUCAGGGUAACAUUGGAUGUCAGAAAGUGAAAAACGAAUGGGACCAAAAAAAAUCUGUCCAAGGCAAUCUAGAAGAAAUGGGACUGUCCUACGAUCCAAACUUAACUAUAGCCAUACCAAAGCGAAAGAAACAACUAAAAGAAGCAUUAGGAGCCGUAGACGAUGAUUCACAAAAAGAAGAUCCCCAAGAACCCAAGAAAAAAUUUGUAGCACAAGCCCUAGAAGCAGACGCCAAAGCUCCUAGAGAAAAACGAUUCAGACUGCCAAAAGGCCAAGUCGAAUGGAUCACCUACUUGAUGAAAAAAUACGGGAAUGAUUACAGAGGGAUGGCAAGAGACAGCAAAAACUAUUAUCAAGAAACAUGGAAGCAGUUGAGACAGAAAAUAAGAAGUUUUAAAAAGAUUCCUGAGCAGUAUGAACGUUACUUGAAAGAGAAUGGUUUGGAGAGGGUUGAAUCGGAUGAAGAAACUAUGACAGAUGAUGAACUUUGAUGAUAUACAUUGUUUUUAUUGAUGUUUUUUUAUUAUAAGACUUACCUAAAUAAUACAAUAUGGUUCAAGAGAAUUAAUAGAAAAGUUGAAAUAUUUUUAGAAAAUAUUGUAUUUGUGAUCUUUCUAUUUCACCUAUUUCUCAAUUUGUUUCCUUACCGCUCAUUU